AUGGCGGAAGUGGAGGAACAGGCGAGAAAACCCAGUGAAGAAUUCACAGAUGAGUCCGAGGAGGAGGACAGCGAGGAGGAGCCCAAGCUGAAGUACGAGCGCCUCUCCAACGGGGUGACGGAGAUCCUGCAGAACGACGCAGCCAGCUGCAUGACCGUCCACGACAAGUUUCUGGCUCUAGGUACUCACUUUGGGAAGGUCUUCCUGCUGGACAUCCAGGGAAACGUGACUCAGAAGUUUGAAAUUAGUUCAGUGAAGAUCAACCAGAUCAGCCUGGAUGAGAGUGGAGAGCACGUGGGCAUCUGCUCCGAGGACGGGAAGGUUCAAGUGUUCGGCCUCUAUACAAGAGAGGGUUUCCACGAGAACUUCGACUAUCCCGUAAAAGUGGUCGCUCUGCAUCCUCAGUUCACCAGAUCCAACUACAAACAGUUUGUCACCGGGGGCAACAAGCUGCUUCUGUAUGAAAAGAACUGGCUGAACCGCUGGAAGACUUCGCUUCUGCAUGAAGGCGAGGGCACGAUCACAAACAUCCAGUGGAGAGCCAACCUGAUCGCGUGGGCCAACAACGUGGGAGUGAAAAUUUAUGACAUUAGUACAAAGCAGCGGAUCACAAAUGUUCUGAGGGAUAACGUCAGCCUGAGACCCGACAUGUACCCCUGCAGCCUGUGCUGGAAGGACAACACCACCCUCAUCGUGGGCUGGGGUACCUCCAUCAAGAUUUGUGUUGUAAAAGAGCGAAAUCCCACUGAAAUGAGAGACCUGCCCAGCCGCUAUGUGGAAAUAGUGUCUGCGUUUGACACGGAGUUUUUCAUCAGCGGCCUGGCGCCGCUGGCCGAUCAGCUCGUCACCCUGUACUUUGUGAAGGAGAACUCGGAGCAGAUGGACGAGGAGUUUCGAGCGCGGCCUCGCCUCGACAUCAUCCAGCCGCUGCCCGAGAGCUGCGAGGAGAUCUCGUCCGACGCGCUGACUGUGCGCAACUUCCAGGACAACGAGUGCAGGGACUACCGGCUCGAGCAUUCAGAGGGAGAGUCGCUCUUCUACAUCAUCAGUCCCAAAGACAUCGUCGUGGCCAAAGAGCGAGACCAGGAUGACCAUAUUGAUUGGCUGCUUGAAAAGAAGAAAUAUGAGGAAGCGCUGAUGGCUGCAGAGAUCAGCUUCAAAAACAUAAAGAGGCACGACGUGCAGAAGAUCGGGAUGGCGUACAUCAAUCACUUAGUGGAGAAAGGCGACUACGACAGCGCUGCGCGGAAGUGUCAGAAGGUUCUGGGGAAAAACAUGGAACUGUGGGAGAACGAAGUGUACCGGUUCAAAACCAUCGGGCAGCUGAAGGCCAUCAGUCAGUAUUUACCAAGAGGAGAUCUGCGUCUCCGGCCGGCCAUCUAUGAGAUGAUCCUGCACGAGUUUCUAAAAACAGACUAUGAGGGUUUCGCCAUGCUGAUCCGGCAGUGGCCUGGAGAGCUGUACAACAACUUGGCCAUAGUUCAGGCCGUCUCAGACCACCUGAAGAGAGACCCCACCAACAGCACCCUGCUCACCACACUGGCCGAACUAUACACGUACGACCAGCGGUACGACAAAGCCCUGGAGAUCUACCUGAAACUGAGACACAAAGACGUCUACCAGCUGAUCCACAAACACAACCUCUUCUCCUCCAUCGAGGACAAGAUCGUGCUCCUCAUGGACUUUGACAAAGAGAAAGCGGUCGACAUGCUUCUUGACAAUGAAGACAAGAUAUCAACAGACAGGGUGGUGGAGGAACUCGCAGACAGGCCUGAGCUGCUGCAUGUGUACCUCCAUAAACUGUUCAAGCGGGACCACCACAAAGGACAGAAGUACCACGAGAGACAGAUCGGCCUGUACGCCGAGUACGACCGGCCAAACCUCUUACCGUUCCUGAGAGAUAGCACGCACUGCCCUCUGGAGAAGGCCCUGGAGAUCUGCCAGCAGAGGAACUUUGUGGAAGAGACAGUCUUCCUGCUCAGCAGGAUGGGGAACUGCCGGAGAGCCCUACAGAUGAUCAUGGAGGAGCUGGGCGAUGUGGACAAGGCCAUUGAGUUUGCCAAAGAGCAGGAUGACGCCGAGCUGUGGGAGGAUCUCAUCUCAUACUCCAUUGACAAACCACCCUUCAUCACCGGACUCCUCAAUAAUAUCGGCACCCACGUCGAUCCCAUUCUGCUCAUCCAUCGCAUCAAAGAGGGCAUGGAGAUCCCAAACCUCAGAGAUUCGCUGGUGAAAAUCCUGCAGGACUACAACCUCCAGAUUCUUUUGAGAGAAGGAUGCAAGAAGAUCCUGGUGGCCGACUCCCUCUCCCUCCUUCAGAAAAUGCAUCGAACCCAGAUGAGAGGAGUUCGUGUUGAUGAAGAGAACAUUUGUGAGUCAUGCCAUGCUACCAUAUUACCUUCAGACAUGGCCAAACCCUUCAAUGUGGUGGUGUUUCACUGCAGACACAUGUUUCACAAAGAGUGUUUACCAUCUCCAGGAACACUUCACGGGGUGCAGUUCUGCAACAUCUGCAGUGCGAAGAGGCGAGGACCUGGCAGUGGGAUCCUUGAGAUGAAAAAGUAGCUUCCAGUCAUUUUCUCACACUGUUGUUAUUAAUGCUUUUCAUCUCAUUAUUCUCUCGCUUCCGCUGUGUAUUGAUCAGUGGUUAUUAUGCUCUCAGUCUGGAACUGUGCACUUGCAAAAAUGUUAAAUAAUACUGCUGGACUGUCUCUGUAUAUUUACAUCUAAUAACUGUAAAGUGCUGUGUUUGUUCUGCUUGCCACUAAUGCAAUUUGAUGAUGAAAAAAUAAAACUGAAUAA